AAUGGGGAAAACUGUGAAAAACUAUCGCAUUAUAAUAUGGACUGUGGCAAAGGAUUGACGUGCUACCAGAUGUAAUGAAAAGCUAUCCAAUCAGAAUACGUUCUUAAAAGUGAAUGCAGACUAUAUAUUUCACAACUCGACUAAGCAGUUUCUGAUUGAAAUUAUUUUCUGAUCGUAUGUGCCCAGCUUUUCUUAGGAUUGGCAUCAGCAUACAAGGACUCACAAACUACGAGAGAGUGAGAAAGGAGGAGAUCAAUUCAGCUGAAGGGCAAAAUCUGAUGUAUACAUUUCUAUACUUUCACAAAAAGAAGUAAUAUAAGUGAUUUUAGGACGAUUUAUAUACCAAGGAACAUUUUAGAAAAAAAACCUUCAUCAAUUGUGACUUUUAAUACUACAAUGGAUGCAAACUUCUACAACAAUUCCUCGCAGACAACUGCGAAAGAUUACUUCUCCCUGGAAGAUUCCGACUCGCUCGUGCUUUACCAGUUAGCUCGCGUGAUGACCAUAUAUGUGCAACCCGUGAUCUGCAUUGCGGGCUUAGCUGGCAAUAUCAUAUCAUUGCUUGUUUUUCUGUCAAAAGACUUGAGGAAAACCUCAUCAAACAUCUACCUUGGUGGACUGUCGGCCUGUGGUUCUCUCUUCCUCAUUGCCCUGUUCCUAGUCUGGCUGGAAGUAACCGGUUUCAGACUGGUACACGAGCCGAUCUGGUGUCAGAGUAUUGUUUUCGUGACUUACGUUUGCAGUUUCCUGACCGUGUGGUUUGUUGUUUGCAUCACAGUGGAGAAUUAUAUAUUUACAUUCCAUUUAAAAAAAGCAACAUACUUCUGUACUGUUUCUAAAGCAAAGGUUAUUGUAUUUACGGUGACAAUAAUUGGAAUUGCUAUCUAUCUGUUUGUUAUGUGGGCCUCUGGAGUAGUGAUUGUCAAAGGACACAAUAUAUGUACAGAGUCGGCGUCUCAUCCCCGAAUCACCGAAAUCUUCACUUACAUCGAUACAGUGGUGGUCCUGGUGCUUCCAUCUGUCAUAUUGGUUUUGUUGAUCGGCGCUAUUCUCAUCAAACAUGUAUGGAUAACACGGUCGGAUAUACGGACACGUCUGUCGAAAAAGGAAAAAUCAUUAGUGAAGAUAACGAGGGUACUGCUUGCUAUAGGAAUUAAUUACGUUGUACUAAGCGCACCUUCAUACAUCAACAAAGUCCGCUUUAUCAUAAUGACAGCUUUCACGGACAUCCGCCCCACUAUUACGGACCGGUCACUGAAUCAAAUAUUUCAGAUCAUAUUCUAUAUGACGUUUUGUGUGAACUUUCUAUUCUACAUCCUGUGGAGUGUCAAUUUCAGACGAGGUCUCAAGAAGUUGUUUUCUAUCAACAAAUGUCAUCACGAAACAAAAUUUGAAAAUGGUCGACAGCGCAUACUUCAUGAUUUGACCUGACAUUCCUUUGUCAACAUUCCCUAUACAUCCGGUGAAAUGUAUUUUUCAAUUUUGUCAUGAAAACAUUACGUACCGUAUUGACAAAUUACCAACGAAAGCUUGUGGGGGAAAGGGGGGCAAAUUUUGUCGUCAUAGAUGACGGUGAAUACCGAGGUCCGGUGUUUGUCUGUUACCAUGGUGAUCUGUUCGGUAUUUCAGGUGAAAAAUGUCAUUGUAUUAUGCCUUAAACAUAUUUGUUUUUGUUUUAAAACUUGCUGUUCGCAUCUGUUGGUAAAAUGCUAUUUGAUAUUUAUUCCUAUGUUGAACAGUAAUUUUAAUCGUAGUAUGCUUUACAUCAAAUGGUGCAUUGUGGCAUAGCAGUGCAGUCUUUUGUUGUCAACUUGUCUUCAACGAAAUUUCUAUUUUAGCAAUACAUUGCCAUAAACAUGCGAAUGUUAAUUCGCAUGUGCAAGGCCAGCACCGAUCUUUUUAUCCAUUAAUCAAAAGAUUUACAUAACCCAUUUCCUUCCUCAUGCUCUCGAAGAAAAUAGCGUAUAAUGCAAAUGUAAGAUCCUCGUUAUUUCAGCAACGGGUACGGCUUUUAUUGCUUUUUAUCCCCUCGAGUUGCCGCGUUUGACCAUAUUACCUGUUGCCACAUCCUGGUAGUAUAUCGGUGUCCAUUUCAUUUUAUAGUUCGUUCUAUUACUUAAAUACCCUUGCCACCCUUUGACAAAUUACAGGAUUCAUCUGUUCAGACUCACCUGUAAAACUGUAAUAUCAUGCAGGAUUAUUUAUCUUGUACUCUUUUAAUUUUCAAUAUUUAUGGUAGAGUGUUGUGUCCUUUGGACAUGCUACCCUUACUGCUCUAUAUAAAGUUAUAAUACCCUCGAAAGUUAAUAAGGGGGAAGGGCAUGCUCAGAUCACCUUGUCCGUUCGUCUAUUGGUCCGUUUGUAGAAAGAGAAAAUGUACGAACAACUAUCAUAUGUGAACCAAUAUCAAUGAAACUACAUGGACAGUUUAGGGACUUCAUAUAAAUGUGCAUGUACUUGAUGUUUGUGGAAAAUUACGCGCCAUGGUUACCUAGUCGCUGGUUUUGGUUUAAAGGACCAUGGCUCAUGCAGUCCUUAGAUCAAUUUUGUUCAAAUGGUCAAAUGGUGUAAGGGUCGGUGAAGUGGAAACAGUGUACUGCAAUGAUAUUCACCUUACAAAUGAUUAAGUCAUCAUUUUUACUAUGAUUUUAACAGGAUACCUCAAUUGAUUUCCAUAGGUUUAUUUAGUUGACCCUCAAUCAAUUGCUGAUACAAUAUCAUAUACAUAUAACGGGUGGAUAUUGUUUUUGAUAAAUAUCGGGAUUUUAGUUAGCCAUCGGCUUAUUCCUGAAGGCAACUGUAUUGAUAACAAAACAAUACAUAACACGCCCGUCCGAGAUUUGUAUACUUACUAAAUAGAUGAUGCUGAUUAUGUUAAAUUGGACAGCCGUGCCUACCGUUUAAUUGCAAACCGGAUAUUCAUUAAGGUAACAUAAGAAUCAAACUAUAAUUUUACCACUUACAUGUUCUCAACUAAGGAAUCCUCGCAAAGCCAUGUUUUCCACCAUAUGACAAAAUCAAAUAAAAAAGGUCAGUUAGAUACUGCAUAAUAUAUAAUAUUAUGUGUUGGAUUAUUUCUGGGUUAUACAGAGUCUAAUGUAGAUUUUACGGAAUGGAAAGCUUACGGAUUAGACAUUACAAUAUUGUUCAUUGUUAAAUUAAGCUAUUUGCUUAAUCUUGCUUAUUUCUGGUUGUUUACUUUAGUGGGUCUUGUUUGUUUUUGCCUUGUUUGUUUGUAAUAAAAUAUUUACGAGUCUC